UGUGUUUGUCUCUGUUCACAACCAAAAUCCCUGUUUCGUUGUUCAAAAGGCCUGUUUUGGGCUUUGUUUUCAUCAGUUUUGCUUGUUUCUGUAUUGUUGAGCAUCUUCGCCGCCGUCAAAUGACUCCGCACUCUCCCUGCUCUCGUUGAUCCGCGCCCGCAAUGAGCGUGUCUGUCUCCGCCCCUGCCGCCCGCUCCCCGUCCCAGGCCUCUGUCCGUGGCUCUGCCGGCUCGGAUCCGAGCAGUUCUACUACGAAGCUCAACCAGGUUGUGCAGAACCUCUUUGCAAAAGCCGCCAACAUCGUCAUCCAGUCUCGCGUCCCUCUGCCGCCUGUCUACCUCCGGGACUCGACCACCAAAAAGACAAACAAGUGGUUCAACCUCGAGCUCGACGGCUCGGACGCCUUCCGCGACGAGCUGCGCGUGUGGCGGUCCGUCGACCUGCUCGCAGACAACAGCUACGCCGCAGUACCGCCGCUCGUCAUCGAAACCGUGCUCGACACCAAAGACCUCACUCCCAGUCAGAUCCUCGUCAUACUCGAUCAGGAGGGAAAGUGCUGGAACGUCGACUCUUCCUGCUCUUCAAGAUCGGAUGUCCGCCGCCGCGAGAUCGUGCUCGAGCGCUGGAAAAUCGAGCUUGAUCCGCGCGUGGUCGGGUCUGACGAUCUGCCCGUCAUAUACAAAAGAGCCAUCGUCCUCUUCAGAUCUCUCUACACCUACGUCCGGUUGCUUCCCGCCUGGCGUUUAAGACGGAAGAUAGGCAAGUCAAAGCUCCACCCGACUGCCUUGAACCUGUCCUGCCGCGUCCUCAACGGCGCCCAUCCCAUCUCCAGCCGCGGACGAACCGGACUCUCGGUACCCCUUCUCCCCGACCAAGAUGAGCAUCUUGAACAGCAUGUCUUGCACAGACUGGACACUCCCGUAGGUGCGUUUUCAGUCAACGUUUCAUACCGCAAGAACUGCGAUUUCCGCGUCGACGACUCAGAAUCGAUCCUCAGCUCGGAGUUUUUGAGCAUGGAUCGGCACACACGCCAGCAUCAGCAGCACCAGCACCAUGUAUCGACCUCGGCUUCUUCUGCGGUUAACGCUCGUCGCUAUUCCCGUCUAUCUCGAAGUCCUCCCACCAACAGUCUGCCUGCCAGAGGAGGAGGCAGUGUGAAUUCCGUCGAUAGCACGCUACCGUAUGGUAGCUUGGGUGCUCAUAAUGCGAAUGCCCAACUUAGCGCUAGUCCAAGGGCGACUCCAAUACCCGGAUCAAGCCAGUUUUCUGCUCUUCGUCGCGAUCGCUCAAUGUCGAAUUCCUCAUCUUCAGCCAGAAGCGUGGGAAUUGCCGGUUCCCAUUCAUCUGUGAGAUCUUUCGACCAACAAAAUCGUCCAUCGAUCCAGCCGUUCAAGUCUCCUUCGCUAUCCGAGUCCCCGUCUUCCGACCCCAUGGGCGGAGCACGCUACACCUAUCACAGAGUAUCUUCAUCCUCUUCUCUAGCCGGAUCUGCGAGACCAGCUGGAUCCCGAGGAAGUUUCUCGUCAGGAUCCCAUGUCGUUGCUCAACUGGCUAUCUCGCCCGGCGCAAACCGGUCAUCAACGUCGAUCGCCAUGGGAUCUUCGACUUCGCCGGGCUUACGACGAUACAGUUCUUCUUUUGGUUCUCGCAACCAGCAGCAGCAGCAGUUGAUCUCUGGCUCUGCUUCUUCUAGUUCUUCUACUGUGCCGUCAUUUCUUCGACGCGAGAGUGUCUCGAGCACCCACGGCCCGAUCACGCCGGAAGAAGACAGCGCGAAUAUAAAUGACUUUAUGCAAAUGCUAGAGUCUCAAGGUCCUCUGAAGUCGUUCUCCGUGCGUCGCGGAAGUAGUUCGAGCUAUGGCAGCACCGGAUCCGGUGGCUCAGGCGGAUCUUCUCUGCCAAAGACUUCACUCUCGCGCUUCCAGAUCUUGAAGGAAAGUCAUGCCGUGCUAUCUGAUAGCAUGUCUGCGUCUCUUUAUCAGCCGUCUCAGACUGCCGCUAGCCCGCAGCUCAGUAGAGGCUCGCCGGGCGCGGGAUCUGUUGCUGUCGGAUCUUACUCUUCUAUCAACAGUGGUGGUAAAGGAGUAUCGCCGAGCACGCCGCAUACGCCUGCGAUUCCUUCACGGUUGAGUGAGGGACUUACUGCUGAAAGAUAUCAUGGUCCUGCUGUAUUUGAAGACGACGACGACGACGACGACGACGACGACGGUGAUGAGGAUGAAGAUAUCGACGUCGACGACAGGGAUGAUGACGAUACACGGCAAUAUGGAGCCAGCGACGAGGACGACGGCAAGUACACUUCCUCACCCCACACCGGCUCAUUCACAUCCUACUCCGCUCGCCGAGCGACCGCAGAAACCCGAGGCGGAUCAAAGCGCGGCAGGGGCUACUCCAAAUACAGGCUCAGCACCGGCAGCACGGCACCCGCUGACGGCGGAGCACCUGGCAGCUCGGGUGGGAGCACGAACGCUGUCGCUGAUGACGACGAGUUGCUGUUUGCAAUGAGUGAUAUGAAUUCGGGGGUUGCUAGUCUCAAUGUAUACGGAGACGAUGCGCAUUCAAGCAACGCAGAAGAUCGUCGCCAGACUUGACUCAAUUUGCACCCCUUGCAGUAGAUCCUCGUCGCCAGGAGCCUACUCAACACAUCUUUGAUCCUCCUCUUCAGCGUCUUGUGUCUCUAUUUUUUUCCUUUUCUUGGUUUUGCAUUAUUCCAUGUUUUGUAUGCAUUCGGUUGACUUUGGAUCCGGCGCCUAGAAAUCUCGUUUUGUCCUUUUCCUCCAUAGUUAUAUUUUUUAUCGUUUUCCCCUUUCGUUCCUGCUUACUUUUUACUCUUUGCUCUGAUUUUUUUGUAUUUGUUUUAGUAGCAAAUAGAGAUAUAUACAGAUAUAAAUAGAUCAUUUUUAUAUGUCGGUAGCGAUCCUGGGCUGAAGGUAAUUGAAUGGCUGGUUGGAG